AUGGAAAAGUCAAAGAUGAAGUCGAUUCUUCCAAAACCUUCUCCUAUACCUGUUCAAACUCCUUCACCUAGUGUUUCUUCUACUGGAACUCCAAAUCCUCGUAGAAAAUCUAAAAAUUCAAUCAUUUCAAAUAGUAAUAAUGCUAUCUCUCAAAUCGAUUCCAAUUCGAAUUCUAAUGCUGAUAAAUCAAAACAAUCAGGUCAUAGACCAGUCACUUCAUGUACUUUCUGUCGUCAACAUAAGAUUAAAUGUAAUGCCUCAGAAAAUUAUCCCAAUCCUUGUCAAAGAUGUGAAAAGAUGGAAUUGAAAUGUGAAAUUGAUCCUGAGUUUAGACCUAAAAAGGGUUCUCAAAUCCAAUCUUUAAAGAGUGAUGUGGAUGAAUUAAAGGCAAAAAUAGAAAUGUUAACUAAAAAUGAAUCAUUAUUAACUCAAGCUUUAAAUCAGCAUAAUUUAAAUUUCUUACAGCAACAACUGCAACAACAACCUCAACAACAACAGGCUCCACCUCCACCACUUACUCAUCAUCAUCAUACAAAUGAUAUUAUGUCCCCUAUUAAUUUCAGAUUUGAUCAAUCACCCCAAUCUUUUGCGGGUGGAUAUAACAUGUCACCUGGAUCACAAUUAAAUGAUUCGAUUAAUAAUACUGUUAUCGGUAGAAGUCAAUUACCAACCAGUAUCUUACAAGAUAAUUCGGAUAAUUCUCCAAUCACAAAUCAAAAUACUCCUACUAAUCAUAAUCAAAUCAAUAAUAAUACUAAUAACUCACAAUCAAAAAUAACUGAAGAGAUUGAAAUUAAAGUGAUAGAGGAAUUUAUCAUAGGUGAUGUUAAAUUACCUUUGAAAAAGGCUGAUGAAUUACAUGAUUUAUUCAUGGUUAAACAUUUACCUUUCUUACCGAUUAUAACUUCAAAAUCAGCUACUGAAUUAUAUCAUCGUUCUCAAUUAUUAUUCUGGGUGGUUAUUCUCACUGCAUCGCUUUCAGAACCUGAACCAACUUUAUAUAUGUCAUUAGCUUCUUUGAUUAAACAAUUGGCUAUUGAAACUUGUUGGUUAAGAACUCCAAGAUCAACUCAUGUCAUUCAAGCUCUUAUCAUUCUUUCCAUAUGGCCAUUACCAAAUGAAAAAGUGUUGGAUGAUUGUUCUUAUCGAUUUAUUGGUUUAGCAAAGAACUUAUCCUUACAAUUAGGUUUACAUAGAGGAGGGAAAUUUAUUCAAGAAUUUACUAGAACUCAAGUUAGUCUUGGUCCUGAUUCGGAAAGAUGGAGAACAAGAUCAUGGUUGGCUGUAUUCUUUUGUGAACAAUUCUGGUCAUCAACUUUAGGUUUACCCCCUUCCAUUAAUACUACUGAUUAUCUUUUGGAAAAUGCAAGAGUUGAUCAAUCUUUACCUAAGGAUUUCCGAUGUUUGAUUUCACUUUCAAUUUUCCAAUGUAAAUUAGUUAAUGUGAUGGGUAUUUCCGUCACUAGACCGGAUGGAUUAUUAGAACCUCUGAAUAGAGCAGCUUCUUUAAAUAUCUUGGAUCGUGAAUUAGAAAGAUUGAAAUUCAAAUUAAAUAUCAUCGAAGGUUCAGCUAUUGAAGUUUAUUAUCAUUAUAUAAAAUUAAUGAUUUGUGUUUUCGCUUUCUUACCAGGUACACCUAUUGAAGAUCAAGUUAAAUAUGUCAGUUCAUCAUAUUUAUCAGCCACAAGAAUCAUUACUAUUACUUCUCAACUUAUAAAUAAUAAUAUCUCAUUAAUUGAAUUACCGAUAUAUAUAAGACAAUCCAUGAGUUAUUCGGUAUUGUUGUUGUUCAAAUUACAUUUGUCUCGUUACUUGAUUGAUAAAUAUGUCGAUAGUUCAAGACAAUCAAUCGUUACAGUUCAUAGAUUAUUCAGAAAUACUUUAUCAUCAUGGAAAGACUUGAAAAAUGAUAUUUCAAGAAAUGCAAAAGUAUUGGAAAAUCUUAACAUUGUGUUAUAUACUUAUCCUGAUAUACUUAUAAAUGAUGAUCCUGAUUCGGGUGGAAGUAUAAUUAGUAGAAUGAGAUCUCAUCUUACAGCUUCGUUGUUUUAUGAUUUGGUUUGGUGUGUUCAUGAAGCAAGAAGAAGAACUUUAUUAGAUAAAAAUAAAGCCUCCAAAAAUGAUAAUAACAAUAAUAAUAAUGAAAAUGCUUUGGAAGACACCAGAAUACCUACUAAUCCUAUUGCAUCAACCAGCAGACGUCCCGCUCCAUUGCCAUUUUAUAAUCAAAUUACAAAAGAUGAUUUUAAAACCAUUACUACUACUACUCCAAAUGGUACCACUAUAACAACUUUAGUUCCUACUGAUCAAGCUUUAUCACAAGCUAAGCUGAAUGCAGCCGGUCUAAAUAGACCUUUGGAAAUUAAUGGUAUACCCCUCUCUAUGUUGGAAGCUACUGGAAGUAUAACUGAUAGUUUGGUAAAACCCAAAUUACCACUGCAACCUACCCCAUCGGUUGUCAACCAACUUCCUUCCCAAAUGGUUCAAACUCCGUUCUCGAUCUUACCACAACAAAAUCAACAACAAUCAUUAACUAGCUUAAAAGUGGAUCAACCACAACCAAUGUUUUUACCUAACACUGACCAAAUUACUAUUGCACAACAAGUUCCUCCUACACCAUUACCAUUCAUGACUCAUCCUGGUAAUAAUGCCGCCGACGGAAAUCUAGUUCAAGAUCAAUUAGAUAAUUUCUUCCAACAACAGUCCAAUGGUUGGAUUAAUAAUGAUAAUAUUCAAGAAGAUGAUUUCUUAGGUUGGUUUGAUUAUAAUAUGAUGCCUGAUCCAUAAUCAAAAUGAUUUAAUGAUUACUGUUCUUUUUUUUUCUUUUCUUUCAUUCCCUUUGUUACGUCGUUUAUUUUUAAGAUAGAUUUUUUGAUUUUGAUUUACUUUGUACUAAUAAAAAUUUGUAUAUAUUCCCCCUCAUAAAC